UUAAAAUCAGUUGGUCAGAAUUGCUCAAAUGUUGCAGACGUGAGUGGUUGGUUGUUGUUUAGAAUAAGGUUUUUUGUGUUGUGUUCGGUUUCGCUGUUGGAUUUUUUUCUUCUUCAUUAUUCAAUACCAAAACAUGGAAUUAUAAUACAAAAAGGCAAAUUAGUAUGGCAACAAUUUGGUUGUUGUUGAUUACGUCUACUUAUAUACCUCGGUUGGUUAUUUAAAACGUACCAUUGCACAUUUUUAUUUGCAAUAAUAAAAAUUGUUUACCUCGGCUGAAAAAAAAAGUAAAUGAGUGCUCUGUGUUGUAUAGUAAACAACACUUAAAAAAAUCGUUAUUGCUACAAAAUAAAAAAAUUACCUGAACGGCAGUAUGUGUUAGUUUGCUUCUACGAAUUGCGAAUUUUCAUUUUUCUUAUCAGUUUCGUCGGUGACGACGGUUUCAUAAAACAAAGAAAAUUUCUCGGUCUUUUUUCCGCUGUGAAUCGAAUCGGAAAGUGUUUUAUGGUUAAAUUGUAAGAAAGAAAGUGAAUAAUCAUAGUACAGUGGUUGCUAAAACUGCAUCAAGCACUGGAUUAAUUCAACAGUCAUCUCCAUUCGUAAUUACGAAUAAAAAAAAAACAGCAAAAACUGUCGAACUAAAUUAUAUUCCCAUCGCUCUCACAUGCUAGGAAUAACAAAUUACUUUUAAAGUAAUUAAUAUGCAAGGUGGCCAACUUCAACACCCAGAACCAACCGAACCCAUCGAUACGAUCGAACCAAAUAACUAUAAACCAUGUAAAAUGCACGAGCUGGCUGAUGUUGUCACUUCCGACGGCAAUCAAUCACCACCUCAAUCUAUAACAAUCCAAAACUGUGAUAAUAAUCUUUUACAUACACAAUCCACACCCAUAAACGGUGAUGUAAAUACCCAUGAUGAUGCUAAAAGUGUGCUUAUUAAUAAUCGAACUAAAAUCGGUGAUGAAAAUUGUUCUACUGAACAUUCAAUAGUGACUGAAGAACCUGGUGACAGUGGUGCUUUAACAAAUAUAAAUUGUGAUACGUCUGUUCUUCGACAAGAUAGUUUAAGUGAAGUGAAUGCAAAGGUGUUACCAAAACCGAUACUAAACUCGAACGGUCGUAGUGCGGGCACUUUAUCGAAAAAAUCCGUUUCUUUUGACACGGACGACGAGAAAAUCAAAAAGUUUAUCAACGGUGAUGUCAUUGUGGACAAACAAAAUCCCUUCCGGAGUGUAAAUGCUAAGCGGCGCGAAGAAUUUUUCCGAAAAAGUACCGAUGAAAAACCGGUUGUGAUACCUCCCGAUGAAUUUGUUACCACGGAGGAUGUGCUAAAAGAAUCGAAAUACGUGAAAACUUACAUCAAACAUCCGGAUCUAUACUUUGAAUACGAUCCAUCGCUUAAGGCUCGAUUGGAGAAAGAAGAGGCAGCCGAACAAAGGCGGAAUAUACCAGUGAGAAAAGCCAAAUUUUCCCGGUCUACCAACGAAAGAUUGAAAGAAAUCAAAAGUAAAUUUAGUCCAACAACGAUCCUAUACGCUCAACCGAAAGUCUUUUCCUCCAGCAGUGAUGAGGUGGAUUCACGUUUUCUCAGUCGCAACCGAAACAGGAUCAACGACAAACGCUAUCCGGACAUAUCGCAAAUUAAAGUGAAAACAGGAACCGAUCUGGAGACAUCGUUGUUCAAUCCGGAAGAAGUGGCUCUGAAUGCUUUAAAAUUCGACGCUCGAAUCAAAAACUCUUCAUUUGGAUCACAGGACGAUUUGGAUGACAUUGCUGACCUGACAAGCACAUCUGUUGAAUCGGUGAUUGAAAAUAAAAGUUCGGAAAAAUCGGAGAAUGAAAGUUCAGUUGAACAUCCGGCUAUUGAAGAGGAUCAAUCGAAACAGACAUUUACCAACACUGUGAGCAGUAAAGAAUUUCAAGAAUUUCUGAAAAAGAAGGGAUUAACACUAUUGCCAGAGAGUAGGCGUCUGCAGCAGCAAAGUGUUGAGAGUGUUAACAAUUCCAGUUUGAAAAUUGAAGAGACUCUAGACAUGGAGACGAAGAAAUCGAAAAAGCCAUCGGUCUUACAGAGGCUAUUUCCCAGCCGAAUGUUUUUGUCGAAACGACGAACCACUCCGAAAGAACCGGUACCAGAACCGAAGAAAUUGUACACAACUCUGUCAGACGAUGAGGUAAAUCGAACACCCGGCGUUAAACGGGUUGUUUUAGAGAGACAAAGCUAUCACGCCGCAAAUUCAUCGGAUCCCACAGCCUACAUGAAAAAUCUGAAUUAUCAAAAACAGAUGAUGGAUGAUGGAUCCAGCUCGAUAUCAAGUGCCUUAACGAAUGCCGAAAGCUACGUCGAUAUGAAUGUUGCCGUUCCGGUACCGCGAAAACGAACAGAAAACAAGGAAAACUACAUUGAUAUGAAAGCUAAGUGGGACGAUCAGCAUGACGGUCGUAAUGGAACUUUAGACAAAGAGAAAUACCUACAAAGCUCAAGAAAAUCGGAUAUCGGUUCAUCGAAGUCUUCGCUUGGCGUUCGGUACAUUGACAGCAGCUCCUCGAAUAAUACCAUCAUGUGUGAUACACCGGAAAAGCAGAAACCAUUGCCGAAAGCAAGGCAAACUACUAACGGUCGAAGUUCGGUCCCGAUUUUGUCGCCGAGUGAAAGGCUUGAAUACCACCGGAAUAAUUACAACAAUUCUGCUAUUCCAAUUGCAACAAAAAACCGCAAAGAGCCAGUGUCUUUUCGAUAUAACAAUACGCCCGACACAAACGAUGGCAUUAUAAAGCCGAGAGUUCAGCGAGUUCCUCUAUCUGUCGAUACGAAAUUAGGCAAUAAAAUUUUAGCCGAAUCGGAUGGCAUUGAAAAGCAAACCAAUCCACCGAUUCCGAUGAAAAGAAAUUUGGAACGACAAUCGCUAAACUACAAAAAACCCAACAAUCCGGAAAGUUCGUAUGGUAACCUGAACCGUACAGUGUCGCUGGACAAAAAUGAAAUAAAAAAGCGAAAUCCUCCGAAGCCGUUAGAACGAUCGAAGCCAGUCCAGUCGUUAGCAAUCAGCCAAAAUAUUUCACGGAAUAAUAUUCCGACCGAUAAGUCACCGAAAACGCCAAGCGAAAUAUUUUUGGGAAUACCACAAAGCACUUCGACCCCACUUGCCAAUGCCGAGCAACCGCAAUUCCAGUCUGCGGCGAAGAAUGUUAACGGAGAUUUUUAUUUCCACAAGAAACCUAAGACAGUGUCGCCAAUUGUAGACGAGUCUCAAAGUCAGCCCGGAUUUCCCGAUAAGAAACUCGAACUUGACUCGUAUUCGUGGGCGAAACUAAGAGAGCUUAAGGAACAAACUGAUCGACAGUUGUACAAUAAGCCAUUGACGAUUCAAACCGAUUCCACCACACAACUGAACAACGUUUACGGUAGGCCUGCUACAAGCAAAAAAGAAAACAUUUACGAAAGACUACCACAUCAGGCAGUACUAUCUACGCCUCUUCUAAAUGUUCAAAGGCAAAAUUCACUACCACGACGAGUAAUGCAACCCCAGCAUCCGAAAGUAAUUCAACUACUACCAGUUCGUCAGCAGCAGCCGCAACAAACCCCAAUAGUUCAGCAAAAAUUUGUCAGAAAUUCACCGCAACGGAACACUGUCGGUAACUUCUACCGCAACAAAGAGGAUAAAGCAAUCGAUGGAAGAACCGUGGAUGAAUUUGGGUUUGUUCAACAAGAACCAAAUCAAGCAGUGCAGUCCCCUCAACUUCAAGCGAAUAUCCAACGACCUCGUUGCCAAAGUGUCUUGGAUAACAUGACCUCACGCGAUAUGUACGGAACAAUUCAAAGCCAAAAUCAAGGAGGCUCGGUAAUCUUACGCAAGAAACCGAUUGGUGGAAUGACGCGCGAGGAAAUUAUGAGCAAAGUGCAAGAGUUCUGUCGCAAAUCGAUGAACAACACUCCAACGAAGAAUCUUAAAGGGUCUGUCGAUCAACUGAGUCAUCGGGGUGGACUAAUGAAUCGUACAUCAUCGUCGGAAAUAUCGCCUGUUUCGUACACAUCGUUGGACUCUAGAGCUACUCACAGCAUUGCAUCAUCGAGGAGUAGCGCAAAGCUAGCGCCACAGGUUCCGCAAAGGGUUCAGAGCCUUCAAAAGGAAAAUCCGUAUCAGAGCAAUUCACCCAUCUACGCGCCAAUAAAUAAGCGUGAAAGCAUUCAGUCAACAAACUCCGACGUGUUUUACACUCCUGUCAACAAACGCGUCAACACCCUCCCGAAUGUAAGGGAGCAACAACGUCAUUUGACCUACAGCGAUUCGGAUUCCGUAUUUCUAGCGAAUGAUCAAAAUCAAACCAGAGUUCCUAUCAAUACGCUGCAAUCUUCGCAACGAAUUCUCGUCCUCAACGGCGACCAAAUAUCACCUCAACAAGUCAUAGCCUAUCACACACCAGUUCCUAGUAAAGGAAACCCUGAAGAAAUAUACGUUUCACGACCGAACGACAUCUACGGCCGAGUCCAUCCACAAAACAAUCCCAUCUACGGCUACAUUCAACGGAAUCCAUCCACUCCCAGCCAGAUCUACUAUACGACCGGUAACCAGAAACGAGUCGGAAUGGAUGGCAGAGCUACUCCAUUAAUCUUACAUGCAAUUCAUCAUCAACCGCCCGUACAGCAGGUGCAACAAGUCCAUAUGAAUGGUGGUCAAUUAAACUAUGGUGCUCGAGGUGGAUCCGGCUCGAUUGUGGUGUUGGAGAAUGUUGAACCACUGUAUCGGCCGAUAGGGCCCAAAAAAUUGAUUCCACAAUCGCGACCGAUUCGCCAAAAUUUUGUCAGAAGCGGAAAUCACAUUGUAGCCUACGAAAGUGAAAGUUGUUCCGAAGCGGAGGAGGUGCAACGAAUUUUGCAGAGUCGAGACAGAGAAGAGGACUGGCAAAACGAUAAAGGAAGAAAUCAACAGAAUGAACAAGUUGUUGAUGAUCGUCGUCGUGCUGGUGCAGGACGUCGUGAAGAUCCUCGUCGACACACAUUGGGCAACGACAUGUUGGGCUACGGCCAAGGUCAACUGCCACCGCAGCGUGCAAUGGAUCUCGAGAUGGGAACACGAGCCCAAAAAACGAAAAAGGGUCAACCAAUCCGAGGUUAUCAGCAAGUAAACCAAGGACCUUUAUUCGAUGACGAUCCCGGCAUUAUGUCUGAAGUGGAAACAGCAAGUACUGGCUUCAGACGCGGCGGAAAACAGCGUUCAUCAUUGCCAGUCGUACGAACCCCAUCGAAAACGUUGGAACGGCCUCUUGGUUUGGUAUUUUUGCAAUAUCGAUCGGAAACAAAGAGAGCCUUGCUGCCAAACGAAAUCACUUCGAUCGAUACGGUUCGAGCGCUGUUCGUCCGAUCAUUUCCUAGACAAUUAACCAUGGCCUAUCUGGAGGGUCCUAAUGUUAAAAUUUAUAUUCACGAUGCCAGUAAAGAUAUGUUUUAUGAACUUGAGGAUGUACGUUCACAUCUUAGAGAAAUACGUGAUCGAUCCGUGCUACGUUUGUUCGAAUCAAACGAAGUAACAGCACCGCAAGUUCUGCCUGGCGGACCGGGAGUGCCACAACCACUUCCGUCAAAUGGUGGUCAUUGGGAUCAAGAUCAGAGCUACUUCAGUGAACCGGAAUUCGAUUCAGAAUAUCAACAUCAACAUAUACAUAAGGGCAAGGGAAGCAAAGCUCCAUAUUAUGUCGGAGCUGCACAGACGCUGCCUCGAGGAAUGUAUAGCGAUAGGAAUAAAAAUGUUGUCGGCGCUCCAGCAAAACCUUUGAGAUCUGGUUCCAGGGGUGGUAUAGGACCUUCAUAUCCCUAUCCUUCAGAUCAACUGUACAGUAUCCCAGAUGGUUACAUGAGCUCACCGGAACGUGGAACACGCGGUGCAUACGAAGAGCCGUAUUACAGUCAAUAUGGAACCAGAGGCGGGUCAGUGACUCCCAUUAUAGACGAAGAACAAAGCGAAAUAUCCAUGAACGAAGAUCAAUAUGCGUUAUAUGGCCAUAAAGUUUCUGGCAGAAUACCAAGAACUGCAAAUCAAAUGUACGAUCCGACGAGGCCUGAAGAUUUGCAUCGAAUUCGUGUCGAACACAUGGAACGUCAAUUAGCUAAUUUAACAGGACUCGUUCAGAAGGCACUAACACAAAAUGUUCCGACUGGUCCACCCAUUGUCAGCAUGAAUCAAAAUUAUUUGGGCGUGAACCAGUAUAGAGGUGACGAAAUUGAUGGGCAUUCAAGCGGAAGUUCCACGUCGAUACAAGCCAACGGUAUUGGUGACGAUAUAUAUGUUCGAGAAAAACCGCCAAAGCUUGGAAAAUCGUCGUGUCAUAAGUCGGUGUCGUUCGAGAAAUCCGUGUCGUUUAGCGAUGACAUCCAAGGUGUGCCAAAAUCUCACAUUCCUCAACAUCCCGCUGACUCAAAGCCACCAAAACCGGCUAUUAAGUCAUCUACGCUACCGAGGACUUCGUCUCAAGAACGAGAUCGUCUGAAGCCACCGCCUCCACCGAAACCGCUUGGCCUAGCACCAGCUCAUAACAAUUAUCGACCGGACAUAGCACUGGCGCCCGAGGUGUACAACCAUUUGCGUGGUCUGCAAAAGAAAGCAAAAGAUCUUCGCAUGGAAAUGAGAACGUUAAGACGUUUGUCACAAGCUCAAGCGGUCGCCGUGCGAGAGGAUAUCAAAGACGCAUUUAUGGGUAUCCGGGCAACGUUGAUGGCCAGUAGCGGAUCGACAUGGGGUGGUCAGGGUGAUCAGGAAAAGACUCGAUUGUCGCGUGAAGAGGAAAUGUACAAGCAGGAGGUGAUACGAUUGGAAAAAGAUCUAAGCGAUUUGGAAUCGUCCGUUGAAGGACUGCGCGGUGAAGUAAUCAAUCGACGAACAAGGGUGAAUAUGACAGCGGUUGAGGAUAUGGCAUUGGUGCUCAGUCGAGCUAGCAAAACUGUGGCCGAGUUAAAAAUGAGAUUCCCCAGUCUACAGAACGGACUACGCAACAUUUUAUCGAAUGAAAUGGAAAAGGUGGUACGCGAAGAAAAAUUUCUCAAAGAGGAACCGGAUCGUUUGGAAUCGGCAUUACGACGAUGUAAAAAGCUUACCGGUACAUUGGUAACGCUGAAAAGAUUGGCAAGUGUACAGGAACAGCGACUUCCGUGCGCUGAACCGCCCUCGGAUGAUGUACCAAGAUCGGCUGAUCUACCAGCCACAAAUAAGCCAGUCCCAAGUCCACGGCUGGGGUCGGUCUCUGUCAGCGGAGGAAUCCCACAUGAAAACGCACUCGAUGCUUUGUUAGACGAAUUGCAAACGUUUGCGAAACCACCCACCGGAAACACAGAGCGACCGGACGAUUCAACAUCUGACGACAGUUCGCAAACAUUACAGAGUACCGUUACCACACAAUUAUCGCAAACCAGUCUUUAUCCAACCGAACCAUUAUCAGUUCCAAACAUCGGUCUUCGGCGUCUGCAUUCGUACCCAAGCGGUUCAGAUACAGACACCAGUCCACCGCAACCACAACGUUCUGUAGGAAAGCCUCCCGUUCCCGAACGAAAUGCUGAACUUUUGUCCAAAGUCAGCAAUAAGCGCAUACCGCCACCACCACCGCCACGAACCAGUUCACGAAGCCCUUUAGCUAGCCCAACAUCUCCGAAUGUACCCACACGAAUGCCGUCGCUCAAUGAAUCUAUGAAUGAUCAGCACAACAAUGGAAACGGUGGUGAUUGCGGUAAUUCAAGUGGAAGUGAAUCAAAUCACUCACAAGAGCAUGGCCAACGACAAAUGGCGUUAGAAUUACGUCAUCAAGAAUUGCUUAAGAAGCAGAAACAGUUGCAAGAGCAGUACGCACGUUUGCAGCAAAUCAGUAAAACUAGUGCACUUCCUCCAGCUGACAUAUUGCAUUUGAAGAAAACCGGCAGUGAAUCGAAUUUACCACAGAAGAUGGGCCUGAAUAUGGCCAUCAGUGGUUCGAUGAAAAAUUUGAAUGUGGACGUGUCCAUUGUUGAGGCAAAGAAAAACGAAAAGAAUCAUAUGGACAGUGGCAAUGUCACGACAACCAAACAAGUUUACGAAACGGAUAUCCUAUAGCGCCAGGAGAAAAGCUGGUCAGAAACAGACAUUGAUUAGAAAGCGCAAUCGUUACUGAUUUUCGGAGAAUUAUUUAAGAGAGGACACUAAGUCAAAGGACUCAUGCACAGGAAAAUAUCAAAGAGCUUUACACGAUGGAGGUGUAAUGAUGGCGCUGAUGGUUGUAUGGGAUAUACCAUAAAAAGGAAAAUCAAAAGUGUUGACUAAGUUAACUAGCGUCUGUGUUUACACAUCUAUGGUGUAGAGGUCUUUUGAAUGACAUGAUGAAGCUUUAGUUGCACGUUUGCUCAUGAUUUUAAGUCAAUGGACAAAGGGAGCAAAAUAUUUUUUUUAAUGUACGAACGAAUCAAUGAAUGAUUGUGAACUCAAUGGCACAGCUAGCCAUAUAAUUCAAAAAUAUUUUGUCUAAUUAACUUACGAUUAGAAAUUUUAAGUUAAAAAGUUCCAAGGAACAGUUGCCAUAAAAUCUGAACAAAAAAUGAUAUUUUAAAGAAGAAAAAAAAACAAAAAUUUUCGCUCAACUCCGAAAGCACAGCAUUUGUUUCCGCUUAUACAGGAAUGUUUAAUUUUGUUAUAAAUAACACCCCUGCGUCCUGCAAUCUAUACAAGUUUAAUAGCUUAUGCAUUACGGAAACGUAUAAACAAAUAGGAAAGACGAUUUGAAUAUAGCAGUAUUACGGCAGUCGAUCUCUAUUCCCUUUUCUAUCACAACUCUUUCAAGAGGCAAAUUUUUCGCUAUUUCGCGAUAGAUGUCGUUGCGUAUGUCUCAUUGUAGAAUUAUGAUAGAGAGUAGAAAGUGACUGACAUCAUGCCGAUGCGAUUUUAGACAAAGGAGUGAUUUACCAAUAAUUUUUCGAUCAACGCCUACGUGCCAAACUGAAGUGAGAGCUUUUUCUUAAAUGUACUUUAGCUCCUUCGAAUUAUUAUUUCUUUAAUCAAUGUACUGUAGCGACCGGACAGUGCUAAUCAAUAUCAUAUAGUCACAUUCUAACGUAAAUAAAAGAAAUAGUUAGCUGCACAUCGAAUGCAACAACUAAAAUGAGAUUUGCAUUUGCCAAAGUUUUUAUCUAUUUGAUACACACAUUCUAAUCCAUCAAAAUCCCGUCUUGUAAUCGUAACCAAAGAAAACUAAUAGAAAAUAUUGCAACUACCGAUCAUGAUAUAUGACGCGUCAUGACGUAUAUCUAAUUGGGAAUUGAGUGGCAAAAAAAAAUUGAUUGCAGCACAACACACACUAAAGAGAAGGAGGAAAAGACGCAAAAUUCGUCGAAAUGGAAAUCAGUGUUUUCAAAUCUCCAUAGAGCCAUCCGUUGAGCAUCCAAAUCGCCAUAAUUGAAAGACACAUAAAUGCAUUGUUUCCUGAACGGGGAAUACAACCUCUUCACGAUUCGUCAAUGACGAAGAUCACUUUUCAUUCUCAAUAGGCUUGGCCUUCAAUAAUGUGUCUACCUCAGCUGGAAAAAUACUCAAAUACUCCUUGGGUAUUUGAAGUCCUCAAUAAAUUAAAUUAAAGUUGAAUGUCUUGAGUUUUUGAGUCAAGAUUUGAAAGAACAACUUUGGGACUGUUCAAGGAUUAGACCUCGUAGAGUGUUUGAACUAUUUGUGAGUUUUAACAUCUUGAAAGUUAAUAAUGAAGCACAGUUACAUUUUACAUAGAAAUUGGAUGCCUAGGUCGCCCAGUUCACCUUGAACGCACUCAUAAUUUAUGUCAAAAUACUAUGAAAAUGAGUGUCUUUAAAGAACGGUAUUAGUCUCCUCGGUGACAUAUGGUCAUAACUCCUUACUGAGCCAAUAGAAAUUCUUAACAGAGUGGUAACAUAUCGAAUUGUGUUUCGACAGUUAAGUUAAGAGAGGGAGAGAGAGAGAGAGAGAGAGAAAGAUGAUUCACUUCUGAUUUCGAAAAGUUGUUGCGUCGCUAGAGAUAAUCGUAUUCAAACGAAAGUGUUUCUCCAAAAUACAAAAACUAAUAGAAAAAUCUAAGCAAAAUAUUAAUCAAAUUUCCGCGUAUCGACAAAAACCAAAACACUGAAUUGAAACUCUUUAAAUUGAAAAUAAAUUAAUAUUUAAACAAUUAAUAUAACUUAAUGCCAAUGCUAAGACAUAGCCAAUCAAAUAAAUGGGAAAAGAAAACUAAAAAAAAAUCCAAACAACCAACAAAAUA